UUGAGAACAUUAUUGCCAGUUCGAUCGGUAGAGGGAGCGGAAACAGGAGAAAAGAGUGCCUGACGGCAGCAGCCCCACCGCCGGCCGAAAGUACCAUCCAGCACCGGGAAACACCAACGAGCCAAGCCGGCCCGAGUCACCAUCACUGAACAUGAGCAGCGAGGCCGAGACCCAGCCACAGCCAGCAACCGCCGCCGCCAGCAGCGAGGGCAAGGCCAGCCCGGCACCGGCUAACGGCAAUGCCAUCGCCGUGGGGGAGAAGAAGGUCAUCGCAACAAAAGUCUUGGGGACCGUGAAAUGGUUCAAUGUGAGGAACGGCUAUGGAUUCAUAAACAGGAAUGAUACUAAAGAAGAUGUAUUUGUUCAUCAGACUGCCAUUAAGAAGAACAACCCAAGAAAAUACCUUCGCAGUGUAGGGGAUGGAGAAACUGUAGAGUUUGAUGUUGUCGAAGGGGAAAAGGGUGCAGAGGCAGCGAAUGUUACUGGGCCUGGUGGUAUUCCAGUACAAGGAAGCAAGUAUGCUGCAGAUCGUAACCAGUAUAGACGCUACCCUCGUCGUAGGGGACCUCCACGCAACUACCAGCAGAACUACCAGAAUACAGAAGGUGGAGAUAAAAGUGAAGGCACGGAGAGUGCACAAGAAGGGGAUGGCCAAGCUCAACAGAGGCCUUAUCGCAGGAGACGUUACCCACCACCUUAUUAUAUGCGUAGACCCUAUGGCCGUCCUCCACCAUACUCCAACCCCCCUUCUCAGGGUGAAGUUUUAGAGGGUGCUGAUACAGGUGGCAGUGGCGAAGCAGGUGCUAGACCUAUGAGACCAAAUAUGUACCGAAGAUACAGACCUCGAUACCGCAGAGGUCCACCUGGCCCUAGACCACAGAGAGAUUCAGCUAAUGAAGAAGACAAGGAAAAUCAAAUAGAAGGUUCCCAGGUUCAACAGACACGCCCUCGUCGGUACCGCCGCAAUUUCAAUUACAGGCGUAGGCGGCCCCAAAAUCCUAAACCAAGAGAUGGCAAAGAGAAUCAGACAGCCGAACCACCAGCUGAGAAUACGUCCGCUCCCGAGGCUGAGCAGGGCGGGGCUGAGUAAAUACCGGCUUUCCAUCUCUACCAUCAUCCGGUUUAGCCAUCAAAGUCGUGAAACAUCUGAAGAAUUUAACUCCAGCAAUAAGAAGACAGAAAAACAGACUUCCUGAAGUGCUUGCUUCUAACUUGACCAGAUGCCAGAUCUGUCUGCAAUACCUAUGCAGCAUUUGGAGUUUAUUACUUUUGCCUAAAUUUGAAACUUCCUUUGGGAAUGUUUUUUGUAAACCUAUUUUUUUUCUUAAUUUGAUACCUGGUCAAAGUAAACAUUUUUAAGAACUUCAUUUUUAAUCUUUAAGAUGUGAACUUGGAUUUUAAAUAAAUGCAAGCACAUGGUAUUUUAAAA